AUGCCCUACUACCGCGGCGCCCCUUACAACGCUGCCUGGGGCAUUCGCCAGGAAAAUUACCUACCGCAAAGCACGAUCCGCGAAAUGAUGAGAACCCAGCACCGGAACGGUGUAGACGAUCGCUACGCAAACUUCGCAGCCCAUAGAUGGGCUGAAGAUGGCGGCUGGUCUCACCCUGCUAACGCAAGAGCCGCCUAUGGUGGCUUCCAGAACCAAUACAUGGGCAUGCAAAGUCCUUGGGGACCGAGCAGGCAGGGACCGCCGCCGAGACACCCUUGGCAACAGCGAGCGUAUUUUGGAGGAUAUCCGAGCUAUGGUGGUUUCAGGUAUUAG